AUGAUAGAUGACACAGAACCGCUACAUUUAAAGGUCUACGUCCACAUCCUGGUGGUAGUCAACAGUGAUGCCAGUGAUAGCCUUACAAAUGAAGCCUCAUGGGUCUUGAACCUUGGACACUAUUUUGACACGCUACAAAUUAGUCACACUUCAACAAAGGUUGGCCUAUCUUCUGUUAUUCAGUGCACAAGUGACAGCGACUUCAGUGCAGAUAAUUCAACUGCUGUUUUGAAUCCACAAGAACCUACUGCAAACACGGAUGGGAAUGUCAGUAUUACAACACCUUGCAUAUUUCCUACAAAUUCAGACGCUAUUACAAUCAACUGGUAUAAGGUUUUUGUUAAUAAGGCCAACCAGGCCGAGUUGCUAGACGCUAGUAACGCAGACAUCCAGUCUUACAGUGAAACAGAUGCUACUGGGUGCAGCACUUGCGGUACUAAGUCGGCUGGUAAAAUGACUGUUGGGGUGACAUACAAAGCCCCUUCUUCAAAUGGAGAUGAAAUCAAACUGCAAGUUGAGAUAAUUCAUGCAGAUUAUACUGAUCACUUAUACUACACUUUUGACCAGUCAUAUUACCUCGCUGCCAAAGACUACGACCCCAAUUGGUGGACAGCAAGGACAUAGAAGAGGGUUCUCUGCAUAAACAAUUGGCAUUGUGUAAAUGCAUAUUUGUUGUAUUGACUGUGCAUGAGCAUAUUUUUUAUAUCGCUUAGGCACAGAAUUCCAUGUGUAUAUUUGUUUUUAUUUCUUAUACAGACAUUCGUGUUUUCUUAUAGAAAGCGUGUAUUUUAAAUUAUGUUGCUGUACAGCAAGAAUAGUUUAUAUACAGAGCAGAUUAUUUAUUAUAGUAACUCUAUGUAACUACUUUAUUUUACUACAUGCCCAAACCUCUAAGUUUGCGGGUAUAUGGGAGUGAUCUUGUCUGUCCGUCGGUUGGUUGGUCGGUCGAUGUGUCGGUUGUUGUUGUUUUUAUUUUGACACAGAAGGGUCAACGGAUUCAAAUAGUUUUGUUAAUAUGUUUAACUCCA